CUUACAUCUCUCAUCUCGACGAAAGUGGCGGACAAAAGCCACGAAUCAGACGAGGACAACCUAUGUACAGAGUUUGUGUUCCUGACCUGGAUCAUUGCAUGAAAAUGAAUGACCUCAUUCUGUCUCCUCCUCCUCCUCCUCCUCUUCCUUCGUCCUCCAAGAUGCGGAGAGAAUCUGGGGGAGAUGCUGGACAAGAGAAAAGCUCUUAUACUCGCACCUGAGCCUUUUCCUGUUCUCCACUCGAAUUGUCAAGUGACUGAAACUCUCACCUGCACAGCUUCAAGAUGAUGUUGCUGGCAUUGCUUUGGCUGACCUUGUUGGCUUUUGUGGUCUCUGCCCAAAAUGCAUCUGUCCCUAAUCAAGCUCUGGUUAUCGAUCCAAAGUCUUUCAGUGCUUUGAAGACGGUGCCACCGCCUUCCAAGUCGAAUCUGACAACAAUCUUUUUGCCUCCAGGCAUCUCGGAAGAUGAAGCUACCUCCAAACCAUUUCAUGUUUACGAUGAUGCAUUUUACGACAUCAUUGGUGACAACCCGACCCUGACAGUCAUCGCUAGCCAAGGCAUCAAUCCCCUCUACCACGAGGCCGUUGUUUGGUACCCGCCAACAGAUGAAAUGUUCUUCGUCCAAAACGCUGGAGCGACAGCUUCUGGAACCGGCCUCAACAAGUCGAACAUCAUCCAGAAGAUCUCAUUGUCCCAGGCUGCUCAAUAUUCGACUCAGCGCAAUGCAAGUGGCCAUGUGAAUGUCACGACGGUCAAUGCCAACCCUACCGUGGUCAAUGCCAAUGGCGGGACCAACUAUCGGGGUCAGCUACUCUUCACCGGCGAAGGACAGGGAAAUAACACUGCGCCGUCGCUCUACGUGGUCAAUCCUCAGCCACCAUACAACACGACUGUACUGGUAAACAACUACUUCGGUCGCCAGUUCAACUCUCUAAAUGAUGUAUCGAUCAAUCCUCGUAAUGGAGACGUAUAUUUCACCGACACAUUGUAUGGUUAUCUCCAAGACUUCCGACCUCCUCCUGCUCUGCCCAAUCAGGUGUACCGUUUCACUCCGACGACUGGUGCAGUUACUGUCGUUGCUGAUGGCUUCGAUUUACCUAAUGGGAUCACGUUUUCUCCCAACGGCUCAUAUGCCUACGUGACAGAUACUGGAGCACAGUACUCAUUCUAUGGUUAUAAUAUGACUGCUCCAGCCUCAAUUUACCGAUUCACCGUCGAAGAAGACGGUACUUUCAGCAAUCGCAAGUUAUUCACUUAUGCUACACCUGGUGUUCCAGAUGGCAUCCACUGCGACACCAAUGGUAAUGUGUACGCCGGUCUGAAUGAUGGUGUGCAAGUCUGGAAUCCCUCUGGCACAUUGCUGGGCAAGAUUUUCCUUGGUACAACUUCCGCAAACUUCAACUUUGCAGGUAAAGGUCGUAUGGUGAUUUGUGCUGAGACACAACUUUAUUAUGCAACUCUGGCAGCUGAAGGUGCUGUCGUUGCCAGUCAAAUGCCACCGAUGUGAUGUGUUGAUGACGACGACGAUGAUUGAAACAGCUUAUGCGUAUAUGCUUGACAUACUCCGUAGU